UCUCCUCCUUCUCAUCCUCCAUCUCCUCCUUCUCCUUCUCCUUUUAGUAUACCUAAAUACAAGGACUAUAACAAGAUGCCAAAGUCCUUACUAAAGGAACUCCUAUGUUGCUUUGGAAAUUCAGAUGUUAGUCCUCAACCAAAACCAAGAAAACACACCGGCAAUUCAUUGUCACCCCGGAGACUCUCAUACUCAGAUAUAAGCAACUCUCCUUCAUUGCUUUCCCCUGAAGACCUCUCAAUAUCUCUCAUAGGAUCAAAUCUCCAUGUCUUCACCCUUCAAGAGCUCAAACUUGUCACUAAUGGCUUCUCCACUAGCCAAUUUAUCGGUGAAGGUGGUUUCGGUCCCGUCUAUAAAGGCUUUAUCGAUGAUAAAUUGAAGCCCGGUCUCAAAGCUCAGCCUGUCGCCGUUAAACUUCUCGAUCAAGAUGGCGCUCAAGGUCCUAAAGAAUGGCAGGCUGAAGUUAUAUUUCUUGGACAACUGAGGCAUCAAAAUCUUGUGAAGUUGAUUGGAUAUUGCUAUGAAAAUGAGCACAGGAUGCUUGUGUAUGAGUUCAUGUCAAGAGGGAGUUUGGAGAACCAUCUUUUCAAGAGGUUUUUCAAUACAUUGACAUGGUCAAUGAGAUUAAAGAUUGCUGUUGGAGCUGCAAAAGGGCUUGCAUUUCUUCAUGAGGCCGAGAAGCCAGUAAUUUAUCGUGACUUUAAAGCAUCCAACAUAUUACUAGACUCGGAUUAUAGUGCAAAGCUAUCAGAUUUUGGUUUAGCAAAAGAUGGUCCUCAAGGAGAUGACACACAUGUCUCCACACGUGUCAUGGGCACCCAUGGAUAUGCAGCCCCUGAAUAUGUCAUGACUGGUCAUCUCACUGCAAAGAGUGAUGUAUAUAGUUAUGGAGUAGUUUUACUGGAGCUUCUAACAGGAAGAAGAUCAGUAGACAAGAAUAGGCCUCCACGAGAACAAAACCUUGUGGAUUGGGCAAAGUCAUACUUAACUGAUGUUCGAAAACUAGACCGAAUAAUGGACCCUAGCAUGGAUGGGCAAUACUCACUCAAGGGGGCUCAAAAGGCAGCUGAAGUGGCUUACCAAUGUUUGAGUAGGAAACCAAAAACAAGGCCGGAUAUGAAGAACGUCGUCGAAGCAUUAGAGCCACUCUUAAAGCUCGCUGAUGUCCCGGCCGGGCCGUUUGUUUACACAGCCGCACCGGAGAUCAUCUGUAAGGAUGAUGAUAAUCAUAAAAAAGAUGAGCAAAAAGAGCACCAUAGACACAUGCACAAGUUGAAGUUGCCGAAAAAUUCGGCUCAGUCUAUUAGUAAUGGACUUCAUUGGAAUUCUCCAAAACAUCAUCAACAUCAUCACAAGAGAAGUUUGGAGAAUUAGAUGUUGAUCAAAUGGAUUUAACAUUAAUUAUGUGUGUGUAUAUAUAUACAUAAAGAGAAAGACUAAUGAGUUAAUUUCUUCUCCAUGUUGAUCAUUCAAUUUUAUGAUCAUUCUAUAGGCUAGAUUUUGUGAUUUGUGAUUUGUAAUUGUAUUUUGUUACAGUGUAGUUCAAUGGUCUCUUAUUUUUGAAAAUUG